CCCUGGGGCUUUCCUGCUCGUGAGUUCCUGCGCAAGAAGCUCAUCGGGAAGGAGGUCUGCUUCACGGUGGAGUACAAGACCCCGCAAGGCCGGGAGUACGGGAUGGUGUACCUGGGCAAAGACACAAGCGGCGAGAACAUCGCUGAGUCUCUCGUGGCAGAAGGACUGGCCUCCCGCAGGGAAGGAAUCCGAGCCAAUAAUCCUGAGCAGAACAGACUGGCAGAGCUAGAGGAGCAGGCCAAGAUUGCAAAGAAAGGGAUGUGGAGUGAAGGGACGGGCUCUCACACGAUCCGGGAUCUCAAAUACACGAUUGAAAAUCCCCGCCACUUUGUGGACUCCAUGCACCAGAAGCCGGUCAAUGCCAUCAUAGAGCACGUCCGGGACGGCAGCGUGGUGAGAGCCCUCCUUCUUCCUGACUACUACCUGGUCACUGUCAUGCUCUCGGGGAUCAAGUGCCCCACGUUCAAGCGGGAGGCGGACGCCCCAGAAGUCCCCGAGCCGUUUGCGGCGGAAGCGAAGUUCUUCACGGAGUCGCGGCGGCUGGCGAAGGGCGGGGCGAAUAACGGCAACAUCACCGAGCUGUUGCUGAAGGAAGGCUUCGCCCGCUGCGUGGACUGGUCCAUCGCUGUGUACACCCGCGGGGCUGACAAGCUGCGCGCUGCCGAGAGGUACGCCAAGGAGCGCAAGCUGAGAAUCUGGAGGGACUACGUGGCUCCCACAGCGAACCUGGAUCAGAAGGACAAGCAGUUUGUAGCCAAG